AUGGCUGGUGCUGUGUGUGCCCCUGGUUGGCAUGUACUGUACGUGACAGCAAUGCAAGGGAACACCACAGAGAAUAAGAAACCCCGUCUACAGAAACAACAUGAGGUCGAACGCGUGAAGGAGAAGAAUGAGGGGAGCAGCCGCAGCCAGCAGUUCUCAAAGACUGCAAAUUGCUGGCAUGACCUCGGAAACAAAGAGUAUGAUUGCUGGCCAUAUUCACAGCCCAAUGAAUUCAACAUGAUUGAUUGUGGAGGUCUUGAAAUGUCUUGGGUUCAUCGACCUCCGGAGAAAAUAGUAAGUGGGCAAGAUUUUAACGUCACCUACUCCGUUAUCGCAUCUGACGCGUUCUACGAGUAUGCUGUCAAAAACUCCAUUUUUAAAUUUAGUUAUAUUAGUAAUGCAUCUGAGGCCAAGAAAUUCUGUUAUGAGAGAGACUGCCCGGAAAACUGGAAAAAUGCCAACGAGGACAACUGCUGCGUUUAUCAUGCGAACAUCCACUCCUGUCCGCUGGCGUUCAUGAAACAGGGUGGCAUUUGUGGCCCUUGGAUCCCAGAUGAUGGCAAAAUUGUUACACACACCAUAUCUCAGGCCGGCAAAAUGUCUCAGGAGAACUGGACAGCUAAGGUGGUCCUGUUUCACCUUGGAGUCACUUCAAUUAUUGCGCACAUCAAAAUUGGCCUGAUGCAUGCUGCUUUGGAGGCUAAGGUGUCCGUUCUCAGUCCACUAGUAUGCGGUGAUGAUGUCUGUGACCCCGAUGAAGGCUGCCUAACCUGUCCGGCUGACUGUGGCACCUGUCCAAUGUCGCUGGGUAUAAAGCUUGCUAUUGGGCUUCCGGUGGCUGUCUUCUUCACUGGGUUCAUCCUCACCAUGGUGUGGUUCCAGUACCAGAAGCAGAAGAUGUUUUGGGAUGAGAGCUGGAUCAUUAAUUUUAAGGAAAUCGUUAUUGGCAAAAUUGAUGAUGACGUUGGAUUUGGUAGCAUUACAAGUUUACAGAAACUGAACAAUCUCUCCAACACCAGCCACGUCACAGACAUCACUGUGAAGACUGACAAAAGCACCUCACCGGUGCAGAGCUGCCUAGAAGUCGGGGUUUAUGAUGGAAGGUCAGUUGCCAUACGAAGACUGCAAAAGAAACACUUCACUCUGUCAAAAUCAAUCCGAAAAGAAGUGAAAGAAGUCAGGGAGUUGGAUCAUCCUAAUCUGUGCAAAUUCAUUGGUGGAUCAAUUGAAGUCCCAAAUGUUGCCAUAGUAACAGAAUACUGUCCUAAAGGGAGCCUGACUGAUGUUCUUUUAAAUGAAGAAGUUCCUCUGAACUGGGGUUUCCGAUUGUCAUUUGCUACUGAUAUAGCUCGUGCAAUGGCUUAUCUUCAUCAGCACAAAAUGUUCCAUGGCAGACUUCAUUCGAAAAACUGUGUCAUCGAUGACCGAUGGGUUUGCAAAAUAUCAGAUUAUGGUCUGGCAAAUUACCGGAAAGAAGACUUUGAGAAAUCGGGUAGUAUAUUUAGCAGGAAGUUCUCGCGCCUCUAUUGUGCUCCAGAGGUCCUUUUGGGAAGCUCCUCAAACAUUACUCCUGCUGCUGACAUAUACAGCUUUUCUAUCAUUCUGGUGGAAAUUGCAACACGUUCUGACCUUGUAUCGGGAGACGUUGAUCCUGUAAAAACAGAUAUUACGUGGCGACCUCCACUGCCUGAUUUCAAACUUGCAAAAACUGACAAUUACUGUCCAAAUGAGGCCGAUUAUUGUGAGCUUGUCAAAAAAUGCUGGAAUCAUUCGGCUCCAAUGAGGCCAACAUUUGAACAAAUCAAGAAGAUGCUAGAGAAGAUGAAUCCUCAUAAAGUGAGCCCUGUGGACAUGAUGAUGAACCUGAUGGAAAAGUAUAGCAAGCACCUAGAAGCCAUUGUAGCGGAGAGGACUCAGGAUCUUCUACAAGAAAAGCAGAAGACGGACCGUUUGCUCUACAGUAUGCUACCCAAGCCCGUAGCUGAUGAACUUCGACAAGGACGUACAUUAGAAGCUCAGAGCUACUCCAGUGCUACCGUGUACUUCAGUGAUAUUGUGGGUUUUACUCAGCUCUCCAGCGCUAGCACUCCACAUGAAGUGGUUGAUUUUCUAAACAAACUCUACACUACUUUUGAUGAUAUCAUUGAUAAUUAUGAUGUUUACAAAGUUGAAACAAUAGGAGAUGCAUAUAUGGUUGUAUCUGGUGUCCCAAAAGUAAAUGGAAUUAACCAUGCAGGGGAAAUCGCCUCCAUGGCCCUGGGCUUGGUCAACGUUUGUGAAACCUUCAAAAUCCCCCACAAGCCUAACACACAGCUGAAGAUACGUGCUGGAAUUCAUUCAGGUCCUGUAGUCUCUGGUGUAGUUGGAACAAAAAUGCCUCGAUACUGUUUAUUUGGUGAUACCGUCAACACAGCUUCAAGAAUGGAAACUCUGAGUGAAGCUUUAAAAAUACAGUGCAGUUGCAACACUGCUGAACUUCUGACUAAACUAGGCGGUUACUCCUUAUCCUGCCGUGGGACUGUCAAUGUCAAGGGUAAAGGGGAAAUGAUCACGUGGUGGCUGGAAGGCAAGAUUCAGUCUGACGAAAGGAUGAAAAAUUGCCCACCACCUGAAUACUGCUAAUUUUGGAGUCUGUGUGAUUUCCUUUCUGGAUCAAGUCAAAAUGAAUGGAGCUAUACAGUAGAUUAGGGUGUAAGUGUAAAAGACUACAGCUUUUUAGAUAUAACCUUUGGACUGUGCUUUGAGACAGUCUGUCUGUUUUAGUGAUCAAGUGGAAGCUGUAAUACUGUGAAUGGGUUCAGUCCUGACACUCUAAGCAGAUAUUCUCUCAGCACCAACACACUGCAAAGUAAUAAUAGAAAUGCAUUUACUCUAUAUGUUAAUCAUAUUAGUGGUAUCGUUAUAACAAAUGUACUGAGAAUAUAUACUUAACCUACUGUGUGGAAAGUCACCUUUGAUUCUACAUUCAUGUUU